AUGUCCACGCCAAAGCCAACAACUGCAACCACCACAACCACCACAACAGCAGCAGCGCCCAUCUGCACGGAUGGCGUGAGCACCUCUGCCAUCAAGCGGUUCAUGUCGCAGAUCAAGGAUUAUCACCCCGACAACUACGAGGAGGUGACGACGUACGAUGCGAGUGUCAAGCCCGUGAUCCACCGCACGAAGGAAUGGAAGUGUUCGUACAUCGACCUGCUGCGCAGAACCAAGCCGGAGGAAGUGGGACCAGCCACCGUGUUUGUGUCGCACGCCUGGAAGUACAAGAUCUCCGAUGUCCUCACCACCAUGCUGGAGUACGACGAGGAGGAGGAGGAGAAACACAAGGAUGAAGAUGGAACCAAGCACAGCAAGCAAGAGACGUUCUUCUGGUUUGACCUCUUCUGCAACAACCAGCACACAGAAUCGCGCAUGGGCCUGUCGCCAGAACAGAUUGGGGCCCCGUUCAAGAGCGCCAUUGCAUCCAUUGGCAAGGUGCUGCUGGUGCUGACGCCGUGGAACAAGCCCGUCCCACUGACACGCGCGUGGUGUCUGUGGGAGAUCUUCUGCGCCAUCAGCCAAGAAAGCGAUGUUGGAUUGGAGAUUAGGCUGCCACAGCACCAGCGCACGAAGCUGAGGGAAGCUUUGCUUGAAGAUCACAAGGCAAUCACCAACAUGCUGGUGGAGGUGCAAGCAGGGAAAGCAAGCGCAAGUGUGCGAGCAGACAAGGAGAUGAUCUUCAAGGCGAUUGAGGACACUGUGGGCUUCCCUGAAGUGAACAGAGCUGUGAAAGGACGGAUGCGCGCCUGGUGUUUGAUGAUGGCAAAGUCAUUUUUGGAGGAGAUGGGGAUGGGAGGCGAAGACGGCACGGCCGAGUUUGCACGCAUGUGCAACAGAGUUGGACUGGUCAUGCUUGACUUUGGAGAGCAUGAAAGAGCGGAGCAGUUUCUUCAACGAGGCCUGGAUAUCGAGCUGAACACGUUGGGGGAGAAGCAUCCGUCCACAGCAACCACAUACGGCAACCUGGGCGGUGUGUACUACAGCAUGGGUGAGUAUGACCGUGCUCUGGAGUACUACCAGAAGGGUUUUAAGAUUACGCUGGACACGUUGGGGGAGAAGCAUCCGUCCACAGCAAUCACAUACAGCAGCCUGGGUCAGGUGUACUGCAACAAGGGCGACUAUGACCGCGCCAUCCACUACUAUGAGAAGUGCCUGCAGAUACAGCUGGACACGUUGGAGGAGAAGCAUCCACACACGGCAACCACAUACAACAACCUGGGUCACGUGUACUGCAGCAAGUGCGACUAUGACCGUGCCAUUCACUAUUAUGACAAGUGCCUGCAGAUACAGCUGGACACCUUGGGGGAGAAACACGCAGAGACAGCAAGAACGUACAACAACCUGGGCGGGGUGCACUGCAGCAUGGGUGAGUAUGACCGUGCUCUGGAGUACUGCCAACAGAGCCUGCAGAUCUACCUCGACACGUGGGGGGAGAAGCAUCCAUCCACAGCAACCAUACACAACAACCUGGGUCAGGUGUACUACAGCAAGGGCGACUAUGACCGCGCCAUCCACUACUAUGAGAAGUGCCUGCAGAUACAGCUGGACACGUUGGGGGAGAAGCAUCCACACACGGCAGGCACAUACAACAACCUGGGUCAAGUGUAUGAGAGCAAGGGCGACUAUGACCGCGCUCUGGCGUACUUCGAGAAGUGCCUGCAGAUACAGCUGGACACGUUGGGGGAGAAGCAUCCGUCCACAGCAACCACAUGUGGCAACCUGGGCCAGGUGUACAGGAGCAAGGGCGACUAUGACCGUGCCAUCCACUACUAUGAGAAGUGCCUGCAGAUACAGCUGGACACGUUGGGGGAGAAGCAUCCACACACGGCAACCACAUACGGCAACCUGGGUCAGGUGUACAAGAGCAAGGGCGACUAUGACCUCGCCACCCACUACUACCAGAAGAGCCUGCAGAUCAAGCUGGACACGUUGGGGGAGAAACACCCAGACACAGCAACCACAUACAACAACCUGGGUCAGGUGUACAACAGCAAGGGGGAGUAUGACCGUGCCAUCCACUACUAUGAGAAGAGCCUGCAGAUCAAGCUGGACACGUUGGGGGAGAAGCACCCAGACACAGCAACCACAUACAACAACCUGGGCCAGGUGUACAGGAGCAAGGGGGAGUAUGACCGUGCUCUGGAGUACUACCAGAAGGAUUUGAACAUUACACUGGACACGUUGGGGGAGAAGCAUCCGUCCACAGCAACCACAUACGGCAACCUGGGCGGGGUGUACAACAGCAAGGGGGAGUAUGACCGCGCCAUCCACUACUACCAGAAGAGCCUGCAGAUCCGCCUGGACACGUUGGGGGAGAAGCAUCCAGACACAGCAACCACAUACAACAACCUGGGUGGGGUGUACUACAGCAAGUGCGACUAUGCCCGCGCAAAACAGUUGAUGCAACGAGCUGUCGAUAUCUUGAUGGACACGCUUGGCCCAGACCACCCACACACCAAAGAUGGGCAGCAGAAUUUACUUGCACUGCGUCUGCAGGAAUUCAUUCGUCAAGUUUCACAACACCAGUCUACCCCAACUCCCUCUGGACAACAGCAGCAACACUCCCCAGUACAGCGCAACCCCCUGCUCCGUUUCAUCUCCGCUCAAGUAGCCCACCAAUCCUCUUCAACGCGUCGCAACUUGAUCCUGCGCUUCCUCUGCUCAACACUGCAUGCACACACGUCCCCAGCCUCUGCGGGGUGAGACUAACCUCGCACCCACUUCCCG